GCGGCGGUGGCGAUUCGUCACUUAGCAGUGAAAAGCCGAAACGAUUACAUAUGCCAUCCCCCGGCCCUUUCUAAUCGCUGUUCAUGUCACUUGUCCUUUUUAGUAAGUAACCGAUCCGGCUCUCUUGCUGUUCCUCCCAUCCGGUGUCCCUUUAUAUACCACACAAUCUAUCCAACAUGAAUACCCCACAGCUGUCUCCGCCUCAGGCAUUACCUGCCAUCAGCAUAUCUUACAGACAGUCAUGGUUGCUUCAACAACAACUUCUUCUCCAAUUCAUAAGGCAAGCCUUGUAGAUCCUGCUCUACAUUCACCUGCUCUCUUGGAGCUCCUUGAGAUUAAACUUGCACGACCUGUUAUCGAAUAUGUCGUUGAUUGUGUAGUAGAUACUGUCGACUAUGCUAUGGGGCCCAUGUCUCGCCACUCAGAGCACACCAAAUUCACUACCUUCGUUUCGAAUGUCCUCACUCGAGCAGAAGUUACCAUUCCUACACUCCUCGUAUCACUCGUCUACAUCAAUCGCGCUAAACCUCACUUGCAAAUCGCCCUGGAAGAGUGGGCGUGUGAGCGCGUCUUUCUUGGCGCUAUAAUGGUUGCCAGCAAGUUUACAAAUGAUUCCACUCUUAAAAACGUUCACUGGGCUCUUUGUACCGGUGUUUUCGGAAAACGCGAUGUUGGUCGAAUCGAGCGAGAAUUUCUCGAUGUUCUCGAUUUUGAUCUACUCGCAGACCACACCCCAUCACACGCACACGCACACUCACAUUACCCUUCACACCAUGCACAUUGCCCAGAUUUGGACCCGUCUAGCCCCGAGUCUUCGUCUUCUGGGAGCUCGCCUCAGCCGCUCACUCCCGAGGCUCUGGCGAACCCUUCAUUCAAUCCUGUUGUCAAGUCACAACACGAGGGUAUGGAACUAGUAGUUCCGCCCCCACCACCUCCGAAGAAGUCGCGUCACCCUUCAUCUACACUUGACUUGCUACGCGCAUUUCCUCUUCCCAUACCUUAUUCGAAUUCCCGUUCUCAGCCUUCUGCUUCUCAUAAGCCGCACAAUCGUUAUUCGCAUUUCCCUUUCAAGAACCCAGUGACGCAAGUUGCUGCAUAAUUAUAUUUCUCCAAACACAACGUCAUUUUUUACGAUGACGAUCUUUGUUCGUUUCUCUUCUUAAACUUAUUAUGUGGUGUCGCAAUAUUUUUUUUAGACCUAUUCCACAUCAGCCUCGUGCUCAAAAGCUUAUCGUCGCAUACUAUCAGUCAAUACUAUGAUCGUCAUUGUUUAUCUCGCUCCAACCACAUGUUUAAUUGAACCUGACACGUCCACUCCACGCAACUACA